AUGGAAUGCCUCCAAGAGGGCCAGCAUCAAACAGAUACCGCAGCCCGGGAGCAAGAAGAGGCGGAUUUGGUGGUAAUCGACGAGGGCCACAAGACAAUACGUAUGCACCAAGGUCCAAUUACUCUCGCUCGCCAUCCCCGCAGAGGAGAAGACGGAGAUCUAGCUCGUACUCGCGAUCACCAUCAAGGGAACCGCCUAGAAGACGAGGUGCAGCCCCUAGAAGUCCACCCCGAAGGAGACGCAGAAGUCCCAGUUACAGUACUAGAAGCAGCUCCAGUCGCAGUAGAAGUCGAACGAGGAGUGAAUCCAGAAGCCGAGGUCGAUAUGGGGGCAGGAGAUGAAGAACGGUGUGUGCUUGAAUUUGACUGA